CUUGACGUUAUCGAUCCGUCAAGUCUUCACGACAUUUCUGACAACACUUUGAGACUGGGUAAGCGGUCAAGCCAAUAUUUCAGAAGCAUCUAAGACCUCCCUCCACAGAUGGAGCCAUACCUACUUCAAAACGUCUUUUAAAUCAUUCUUUGACGAAUAGGGUCGCAUUUCUUUUUCAUCAUGUUUUGCAGAGCGUUUGCGCAAUCAACGAGCAGAAGGGCGGCGAUAGCUCCGACAUUGCGCCAACCCGGAGCUACGCUGGGACACUUGCGACCUCUUUACACGCCCAAUCGAACAUCGAGGCCUUUUACAACCGGUGCAGGUGCACGAGAGCUAUAUAGAAACCAUCCUUUCUCAGUUUCUAUGGCCGCAUUUUUUAUACUUUCAGGGGCUGGCUUUCUUGCGUACUCCAAUUAUAUAUACAAGACUUACAUCAUUGGCGCAUUUCACAAUUUUCCGGAACCUGUAGCACAGAAGCUGCGAAAGGCAAUAUAUUACACGAAUAUCUCGCUCAGUCCAAGAGAUGCGGUUAAAUACUACCGCCAAGCGCUUGCGACGGCCGACGAACUUGGAAUGGAUCCAUUCAGCGAUGAAAUUCUCGGGGUGAAGAUCCAGCUUGCGGCGCUAUUCGAGAAGAUUGAACACUACCGAAAAGCGAUCGAUGUUUUGGAGAUUGUGAGACGAGAUUGUCUGCGUUGGAUUGAUGAGCUAGGCGGAAAGGAUGGAAAUGAGGGCAAGCGAACAAGAGUAUUAGGAAAGACAGUUGGCAUCAACGUGAAGCUCGGCGAACUCUAUUCCAAUGAGCACGUUCGUGAUAGAGAGGCCGCCGAAGAACGGCUGACCUGGGCGGUGGAAACCGUGCUACGCGAGAAAAGCCGUAGGGUUGCAGAAGGCGUGAAGCCUGGCGAGGGUGACUGGAUGACGGACGAGGAGAUCGGUGGCGCACUGGAAACAUUGGGCCACUACUAUGAAGAGCGAAAUGAUCAUUACCUUGCAGCUCCGCUCUUUCUGCACGCGCUGACUUUGAUACCUGCUUCAAAUUGCCAUACGGUAGUUCUGAUGAACAACCUGGCCAUCUCACUCGCACAGCAAACUCCUCCUGCAGCAUCAGGAACGGCGCCAGCAUCGCGAUCAACGCUCAUCAAAUCGGCAAAAUCAUGGGCCGAAAAGGCACAAGCCAUUGCUGCUGACAUCAAGCCCCCGGAGAGGAACGAGGAAUGUGACAUUGGCUGCGCAGUUGCGCUUCAUAAUUUGGGCGAAUUUGCGGAGAUGGAUGGCAAGAUCAGCGAAGCCCGACGGAAAUAUUCUGAAGCCAGGAGCCUCGCAAAGGCAAUAGGAUUUGAGGAGGGCAUCAUAAAUGCAAAUGACGGGAUCAAGAGACUUUCCAAAAAGCAAUAGUUACAUAGACACCUAACAAUUCGGCAUGGUUGAGUAGAAUGGCGUAAAAGGGAAAGUUGGACUAA